AUGAGGCUCUGUCCUGGGAUCACCCUCCUGCUGACGGCCGCCCUGUGCUCAGGUGUGAGCCGUGUGCAGACACAGACACAGCUGCAGACACAGAUUCAGCUACAGACGGAGACACAGCUACAGACGCAGACACAGACCUGCCUCUUCUACAACAUGAACUCUGAGCUGGAGCGGACAAACCGCAGUGGUGUGGAGCAGUGUGAGACUGAGGCUGACAAGCGCUCACACUGUUACGCAUCAUGGAGGAACGAGAGCGGGAGCAUCGAGCUGCUGAAGAAAGGCUGUUGGCUGGACGACUACAACUGCUACGACAGACAGGAGUGUGUGGCAACUGAGGAAUCUCCACAGGUUUUCUUCUGCUGUUGUGAAGGAAAUAUGUGCAACGAGAGAUUCACCCACCUUCCAGACCCCAAUGGCCCCCUCCUCAAAACCCCGCCUCCUCGCAGAGUCCUGGUUUACCUCUUGGUCCCGGGGGUCCUGCUCUUCCUCACUGUGUUCACCGUGAUGUGGAUGUACUGGCGCCGCAAGCCCCUGUAUGGACAAGUGGACAUCACAGAGGACCCUGGAUCUCCCCCCUCCUCUCCCCUUGGACUCAAGCCGCUGCAGUUGCUCGAGGUCAAAGCCAGGGGGCGCUUCGGCUGCGUGUGGAGAGCUCAGAUGAUCCACGAGUUAGUGGCUGUGAAGAUCUUCCCCAUCCAGAAUAAAGCUUCGUGGGAGAAUGAACACAUGGUCUUCCUCACUCCUGGCCUCAGACAUGAAAACAUCCUGCGUUUCGUGGGAGCGGAGCGCAGAGGGCGCCUCCUGGAGGCCGAACUGUGGCUCAUCACUGAGUUCCACCAGCGGGGCUCUCUCUGUGACUUCCUCAAGGGGAAUAUUGUCAGCUGGUCUGAACUUUGUCUCAUCGCUGAGUCCAUGUCUUGCGGUCUGGCCUUCCUCCAUGAAGAUAUGCCCUGGGGCAGCAAGGACGGGCCCAAGCCUUCCAUCGCCCACAGAGACUUCAAGAGUAAGAACGUGAUGCUACGCACUGACCUGAGCGCUGUUAUCGGUGACUUCGGUCUCGCUGUCCUGUUCGAGGCCGGGAUUCCCCCAGGAGAGACCCAUGGACAGGUGGGAACCCGGCGGUACAUGGCUCCUGAGGUGUUGGAGGGAGCCAUAAAUUUCCAGAGAGACGCAUUCCUUCGAAUUGACAUGUACGCCCUGGGACUGGUGCUGUGGGAGCUGGUGUCACGCUGCACGGCUGCUGACGGUCCAGUGGAUGAGUAUCUUCUUCCUUUUGAGGAUGAGGUGGGGCAGCAUCCGUCUCUGGAGGAUUUGCAGGAAGUGGUGGUUCAUAAGAAACUCCGACCAGUCUUCAAAGAGCAGUGGCUCAAGCACACGGGCCUGUCCUUGCUGUGUGAGACCGUGGAGGAGUGCUGGGACCAUGAUGCAGAAGCACGUCUCUCUGCUGGCUGUGUGGAGGAGCGCAUUGGGCAGAUCCGUGUCACUUCCUGCUCAGACCACACCCCCCUGCUAGUCUCCACGGUGACCAACCUCCCGCCCAAAGAAUUCCCUAGAGGAGGGGGGUUGGGGGCAAAUCUGGAGGCCCACAUCUGGGGGGCCCCCAUGUCUGAGCGCCUAUCUGCAGCGCGGGACUUUUGUUGUCUCCAAUGGAUUUGUCUGUUGUCUCCCAACCAACACGGAGCAGAGACCCAUGUCCCCCACGCUCACAUGGCCCUGAUCCCGGCACCUUCUGUCCCAGUGAGUAAACAUGAAGCGGCGCAGUACCACACUGGCCUCCAGGGGACGCUCGUGCAGUGGGAGGAGCCUAAGGACCGCCUCUCUGAUGUAGGCGUGCAGUGGGAGAAGCCUAAGGACCGCCUCUCUGAUGUAGGCGUGCAGUGGGAGGAGCCUAAGGACCGCCUCUCUGAUGUAGGCGUGCAGUGGGAGGAGCCUAAGGACCGCCUCUCUGAUGUAGGCGUGCAGUGGGAGGAGCCUAAGGACCGCCUCUCUGAUGUAGGCGUGCAGUGGGAGGAGCUUAAGGACCGCCUCUCUGACCCACUCUGGUGCAAGGCCGCGGUGCAGGUGGAUCUGCUUGGCCUGAGCUGCAGCGUUGAAGGCUCUGGGGAUGUCCCGAGGCGAUGUUUGUCUGUGUGCCCAGAGCAACCUGCAGGGGGUGCUCUGUGGUACUGCCCUCUGGCCUGUCCCCCCUCUGCUGCUCUUCUCGGCCUCUCCCCCUGCAGAAUGACUACACUUCACAACAUUCACCACUGCUCUCCAGCGCUGGAGCCCUCUCCAGUCACCACGCUCGCUGUUCCGAGCUGUGCAGCCCAGGUCCUGGGCCAAACCCAAGUGGUCCCAAACAAAGCCAAGGCCCCAGGCCAAGCCAAGACCCCAGACGGUUGCAUGGCUCCACUCAGCUCUGAUGAGUCAGACUCACAGCUCAAAGAUGAUUCCACAGCGCUCCUCAGUGAGACAAUCCCAAAGCAUAGCCUCAGCUCGUCGCACUCAGACCCUGAAACCCUGAAACCGCGACGCAAGAUGGAGCGAGCGGCAGGCUUACCUCUACGCUACCUGCUGGACUACGCCCUGGAGACAACCGGCGGAGACCCUGUCAGCUGGGGCAGGCAGAGCGCUUGCCAGAGCAAAGAUUUGGCAAACUCCAAAGCACUGACUGAGGGGAGAGUUAAGACGGAAGGAUUGAAAUUGAACAGAAGUCAGAAAGUAGUGAUUAAGAAAGAGCUCAAAGUCGCCCGAAUCUCUGAACAUGGACCAGGGAUGGGGAGACCAAAGACAAAUUCUAGAAUAAGCAUUGACAUUAAAGAUGAUGAGGUUAAACAAGAACUUGUUCUGGAAGGGGACCUGGAACGGGAGACCAUCCCCUUGGGUGAUGUUCUGGAUGUGGAGCGCGGGUUGGUGAAGAAGAUGCAGAUCCUCAGCGGCGAGGUGGCCGCUUGGUUGAAGCCCCCGAGUCUCGACAGUGGGUCACGAAUCAAGUUGGAGUUAAAGAAAGUGGAAGACGCAGGAGGCGGCCUCUCCACAGAGUUUACGCAGGGGAGCACCGGCAUCAAACUGCGCCUGAGCCAGAACGACACCCCUGAGUUUCUGGUGUUUAGAGAUGACCAAUCAAAUGCCCUGACUUUAAUACUACCAUGUGUUGUCAAACUGCUCAGACAACCCGAGUGGGAGGCCGGAGUGUGUGGGUGA